UUCACGUCCCUAGUUUUGUCCUGUCUUCCGACCUUUGAACCUCCAAUCCUACACCACCUCCCUCUCCGUCCAUCACCGUCUCCCUGUGUGCUAGACAACCCCACCCCUGCUGUCUUCUUUAAUUAAAAUCUUGUCCCCAUUGAAACAUAGAGGUAAUAAAAAAAGAAAUUACUAGAGGGCAAGGGCAGGCUAUUCUUCUUGUACUAACCGUGGAUAGAUGUCUGGAGACACCAAGCUGUUUUGAUGACGUCCCUUGAUGAAACUGCCCCUGUGUGCUCCUGGCUUGGCGGAGGCUAAAAUUGAACCUCGCCUCUCUGGCUCCUGUUGAGUCAGUGGCCGUGUCGCUCACUUAACGAGGGCCUCCCCCUAGAUUACCCAUCCACAAAAGGGAGAGAACUUUAUGGCUUGUCUUGAAGCCGGCAUUUUUGUCACGCGCUGAGCGCAAAAAGUGUCGACGUCAUCAUCACGCCCACUUUACAGACGUAAAUUACCGGACUUCCUACUGCCUCCACUAGACGGCGCCUAGUUUCAGCCAGAGUGAUCUUUUCUUCCACUACAUCCUUGCCUUUCCUGCUUAGAUUCUGCACGUGUCUGACUCAGGAGGUCAGGGGUCAGGAAUCGCAACUUGCUUCGGCGACCAAUUAAAUUUUUGUUCAGGGUUUAAAAAAAAUGUAACAGCGUGCGAUGAAAGGGAGGCCACGCUGUAGUGCAGAGCUCUCCUGGCAGCUUUAGCUACACUCUUGCCAAGAUGGCGGACACGAGAUGGGCUGCCACUGCGUUGGGUGCUUUUCUGUUGCUGCAGUUGCUACCACCUGCAAUCGGAUCUUCCAGAACGGGACUGACCUGGGGUCUCUUUCGCGGUCUGCCACACGUGCAGGAGGUGCAGUGCCGCGGGGACGCGCUCCCCCCUGACAGUAGCCUGCUGCUGAUGACGGUGUACGGGAUGUCCACCCACCCGGCCCUGGCUCUCCUCAACAUGGCCACCCGCCACUGCUCCACCGCCCACGCUUUCGUCUCGUGCCACGUGCACGACUCAGAGCCCAGGAGAAGUCACGUGACGGUCUUGGUAACAGACCUACAGGAGGGGGAGAGCAGAAAGUAUGGUUGCAACGUCACUUCCGUCAGCGCGGGGGGCCAGGUGCAAACCACGGCCUGGGCUGUUUCCGUGCAACGCCUUAGGUCUCGCUUGUUGCCGGGAAGCACAUGUGCAGGGGACGCAACCUGCUGUAACAUUGCCACCUCAGGGAGGCAACUCCAGCUCCCCCGCCUCGCCUUGCAGUUUGGGGAGGAGAGGCAGUUGCUGGCAUCUCGUCGCCAUCAUGGAAGGAUGCAGGCUAAGAGAGCGGUCCACGGUUCUCUUCGCCCUGUGUCACUUGUGGACGGCAGCUACCCGGGCGGCGGACACAGGGCUCGUUUCUAAAUUGUUCCUGGGGUCGCAUGACAUCCAGGAAGUCGAGUGUAGUGGAGCAGCCUUGCCCACCGACGUCGACCUGGUAACCAUGGUGCUGCACUCUCCUCCCUCUGACAGAGCUCUUGCCUAUGUCAACCUCCAGACCCGCCAUUGCUCCACCUCCGAGAUGUUUGUGUCGUGUGUCAUGGAUGACCGAGACUCCAGGCAAACCAAGCUGCGCGCCCUCGUCACCAACCUCCCUCAGGGCGCAGCGCGCAUGUACGGAUGUAACGUCACAGCUGUCAAGGACGGCUGGAAGGUCAAGGCUUUUUCAUGGUCCUUAACAGUCAUA